ACGUGACCGGAAAUGAAUACAGGUAGAUGAGAAGGGGAUUAAAGCUGCUGGGUUGAUCCUCUGUUAUAAAAGCUCGAUCGACAGAUAUAGACGAGAUAGAGCGGAACUAAUAGGGGUUAUGUCCAUAACGAUGGAAUUAGCAGUAUGUAAGCUAUAUUAUACGGAUGAUCGACUGUAAACAGGUACAAGUAGAGAGACCAGUUUACAUAAUGUCGUUUUAGGGUAUUUAAUUAUCUUACGGACGAGAAGCUACGUUAUCUGUACACAGGCGGUAGUAAGGUAACACUGGGAGGAUUUAAGUGAUGAUUUAAUAGAAAAGUAAACGAUCGAUAAACGUAGGGAGACGAUGUUCGGAUCUAGUCAGAGUACUGCUAAGGUUAUUGUUGAGAUGUUUCACUAAUCCAAAAGCGGUUGUGAAGCGAAAACGAAGGAACUGUUUUGUCAGGGAUUCAAGUGUUGAUGACAGUAAGAUAUAGACAUUAGUCCUACGUAAUAUUAGUUUACAUCCCAUUGGUUGCUAUGAAAAGCACGUGACCGGACACCGGCAACGAAAUAAAGAUGGAACAAGAGGUGGAAGAAGGUUAUAUGAGGUUCAUACGAAUCUACGUUUGGGUCACACCGCAACAGGAGACAAUGCUAGGCAACGUAGUUGAAGUGAUGAUUGACAUGCUGGGAUUGUUAGAGAUACCCGUUGUGGAUUCCACAGUCGGAUUAUAAUUACCCUGGCUUCGAUGGGUUUGCUACGGAGCCGAAAGUUUAGAUAGUAUCAUUGAACCGGAAGUAAAGCUUCACGGGAGACGUUAUUAUAAUAAAUUUAAGGAGGCGUUCAGUUGAAGGUAUUAGAGUAAUUUAAAAAGACAACGGAAGAAUGAACAUAGUAAGCAAAUCAUGGAGACAGUAUCAUCGAAACUGAAUCGGAUGGGGAACACAAAGGCGCCGAAGGAUUAAGAUGACAGCGGUGUUUUGAUCACUAACCUUUGAAAGUUCUAUUUGUUUGGCUGUUACGGCAUCGAGUUAGAGCAUAUUAUAGCAAGUCGAGGUAUUGUCUUCGAGUGUAGAUGACGCUGAUUGUACGAUUAGGGGAUAGCUCGUUUUGGUACCGAUGUAUAGAUUUGGAUGAAAAGUUUUGAUUGCUUGAUGUAUUUAAGGCAGCGUUAAGAUAACUCUAAGACACGGCAUAGUCUACCACUUCUAGUUAUAUCUCGCUUCACAACAGGAUGGAGGGUUCGGGCUUAAACAGUAUUGGAGACAGUGUGUACGUGUAUGUCGGCAACUAUCAAGAGGAAGUGCGCAUAAGAAUAAAAAAACUUAAGGAAGGAGCAGAAGGACGGAUGGAACAAGACGGAAACAAAUGGAUCUCUCUCACGAUGGAGCAAUGGGAGUCUCUAUGUCUUGUAAAGGAGGAGGUGUCCAAGCAGAUCGAGCUGGUGACGGGCCGAGAUGCGGUGACUAAGAGGGCGUGGCGGUUGUCGCCGAAUCGUUUUGUUUCCGUCGACCGCAUCAGGUCGACUUUCAUCAAUGCCUUCGUCACCCUUAUCAACAUCAGGAUAUACUUCAUGGGGGGUACUGACCUCCCGGACAAUCCCACGCGCUAUGGGAUAACGCUAAAGCCCGAGCAGUAGGGUAACCUUGUGAGGACAGUUGAGAGAAUCAACGCCGGACUGAGACCCGACGCUACAGAAAAGAAACGGAAACAAUUGAUAGUGGAAGUGAUAGCGGACACCAUGCUAGAUACGAUCGAGUCUACAGCAAAGGAAAUGUGUCCGGGAUGUAAGGUGGAUCAUCCCUCACAAAUCAAGCACAUGACCGGCGGCUGUCUUUCGGAGCAAGGGGAGAAGGUCGCUUGUUACUUCGAAAACUGUAAGGUCAAACUGAGAGAUGUGGACAUCAAGGUAGCCAUGUUUCGAAAAGCUCUCAUGCUGACAGAGACCCAGGAGGAGGAAAGCAAAAUAUGGGGUUAUAUUCAGAGAGUGAUCGAAACAGGCGAGGAUGAGAUCAAGGCGAUGAUGAUGAGCACCUCGCGCGAGAGUUGGGAAUAUGUCGUGAGGGCAUAAUCCCUCGCAUGAAGGAAAAAACAAACAAAAAGUAAUUGAUUAAUGUGUUUUAAUUAAGGAAUAAUGUACAAGCUUGAUAAUUCUUUGAAGGGUUAAGCAAACAUAUUUGAAUAAUUACAAUGGAAGCCUUUUUUCCCCCGUUAUCUAUGGUAUACAUGAUUAAAUACGCAUAAACUUGA